AGUGUGAAUGCAACAUGGGAAACAAACUGUCAGCUAGACGAGAGAAGAGACGACUGAGAAGAAUGGAUUUAUAUAAAACCAUCAUGGAUGACCGUUUGACUCCUAAAGAGGAGACACCUCAUAACGAAAGAUUAGUAGGCUAUGAAGAAGAUGAGUUGACCUCUGAAGAAAGCAGCUGGAUCACUGUGGAAGAGGAGAAGUGUUAUGACCCUGAAGACACCACUCUGACGUUUGUAGAGGGAGAUGAUGUUUUAGACUUUUUGUACGAAGACUUCAAGUCUCUCAGAGCAAAGAUGUCCUGUGGUCACGCCGUCACUCCGAUGUCUCUCACUAACUGGUGCAACCGUUUGCUGGACGAGGGUCGCUGCAAAUUUGUGUGUGGCCAAACUGGCUGUGAUGUUGAGUGGCCCUUCGAGGAAGUUCGUAAAAUGGCUCUUCUGACCCCCGAAGAAAUCGAGUAUUUUGAGAAGAUACUGUUCAGUAACGCUGCCAAGGAUUACUUGGAUGUCAAAGCAUGUCCUGGUUGCAAGUCUCAUGUGGUGAGAAGCAACCUCCAUAAUGUGUGUGUCGAAUGCACAGUGUGCACAACUAAGAGAGGAAGGAUUUAUAGGUUCUGCUGGCAUUGUUUGAAGAGAUGGACAGGCCCCGCUCGUUCAGACCACUGUGAAAAUGAUGAGUGCCAAAGCCCACUGAAGAUAUUGAAGAGCUGCCCUGAUAUCACCUUCGAGGAUGUGGAGGGGGUCACUGGCUGUCCCUCCAUCCGUGCCUGCCCCACCUGUGGUUUGCUGGUGGAGCAUAACAAAACUCAAUGUAAAACCAUGAUCUGCCUUCGGUGUAAAGUGAAGUUCUGUUUUGUGUGCCUGAAGCUCAGCGAAGAGUGUCGUUCAUAUUACGAACUUUGCUCCAGUGGUGUAGCACCGAGACAGAAAUCUAUACCUGUGAGGCAGAGGACAUCUGUUAAUGUAAAACUGUGAUCUCAAGACAAUACAAAUACACCUUUUUAUUUUAUGUUUUUAAAAAGUUCUUCAUAAUCAUCAUAUCUGUUAUUUCUCAGACAGGAACUCGACCACAUACCUGCUUUCAAUAACA